AGUAAAGCAGAUGAAGCUUCUCUGGCUGGUUUUACUUGCUUGUGUGGCUGCGCAACAUUGUGAUAAGCCCUGUCCCAUUAAGCAAAACCCCGGAUGUGCCAGCAGGGACGGAAAAUGCUUUUACACCGUUCGCAAUCCAUGUAUUUUGAAAGCAAUCAACUGUUAUCGGAAGUUGAAAAGCUUAUCUGCGCUAAAGCCCAUUUCUCGCAGCAAGUGCACCAAAAUCCAGGUUCCAUUGUGCGACAAUAUUGAUACAUCAUAAAUAUGUGUUUAUUAAAUAAUGAAAAAAAA